AUGCAAGUAUUUCAAGGACGCAAUGCUUCCGCUUGUUACAAUUGCCAUCGCCAAAAGGUCAAGUGUACCGGGGAGCAGCCAUGCCAGCGGUGCUCCAAGAGCCAGAAGGCUUGCGUAUACCCCGAAGCCCAAGGCAGCAUCAUUCCCGUGCCGGAAACAUACCUACAGAACCUUGACCGCUCACUGAAUGAACUGACCGACUCCAUUCGAAUGCUUCAGUUCCGCCAUGCUGGUUCCAGUUCAACUGGACAAUCUUGGACUCAUGAUCAGAGACCCGGGCUGCAGUUUCAGUCUCAGCCAGCGUACUCCGCUAGGCGAGGUGCUCCCGAUUCUUUAGUCGAAGAUUCAACCGUCGAAGCUUUCAUCCGUAGGCUAAAUGAGGCCGUGGGUGAUAGCAACGGUCAAAAGGACGUCCCCACCAACACGCCGACUUUAGUGACCAGAGCUGAACAAGAGUUCGGUGACUGCCACACUUUCCUUCGUAAGUCAUUCUUGAGACGUUUUCAUGCCACAUACAAUGGCCAUCAGUCUGAGACCCAUGAUCGAAAAUGGCUCUGCCGUCUCUUCUUCGUUUUGGCGCUUGCGGAGUGUACAACCACCACCAAGCGGCCAAUUCAGCUUUCCGCAAAUGGAGCAGUGGCUGAGGCCAUCCCAACGGAAGGUUCAAUGGAAGCUUCUCUCCGAUCAGAAGAGAUGCUGUCUACUGGACUGGGGUUUUUCGAGCAUGGACUCGCGCUGCUGAAGAUAUCCUACGAGGAACCCACGGUUGACGAUGUUGAGGCUUUAAAUUUAGCUUCGCACUGUUGCUACAUUCUUAACCGCCGCAUGUCAGCCUAUGCGUACGCUGGGCAGAGCAUACGACUAGCCCAUGGCUUGGGGCUGGACCAUCCAGCACCUACGUCCCUAUCCAACUUGGAGCGCGAACACAGGAAGCGGGUCUGGUGGACUGCGUUCUGUGUGGAUCGAAUGAUUAGCACAGAGCUUGCUUUACACCCUGCGUAUACUGGCCUCGGGUCGGAACUUGAUUAUCCAGACUCUUCUAGCCUGAUGGCCGAAGAAAAGGAGGAAUUCUUUGACCCACUGCUACUAACAGCAUUAAUAAAAUUAUGCGAGAUCAAGGGCGAUGUUGUGAAUACUGUCAGUCGGCUUAAGCAAAACGAUGUCACGGAGCCAUAUCAAGUCUUACGUCAAUGCCUUCAAGUUUUGGAUCGAUGCGGGAGAGAACUGCCCGAGAGGGUGUUUUCUGGGGGGAACUCGCUACCAGAGAGCCGUAUAUGCUCCUCUCUUGCGCUGCGCUACCAUCAGUGUUAUAUUAUGCUUCUACGGCCUAUUCUGCUCCAUCAAUUCACGUUUAUGCUCCGGAACAAAAUAGUUAUAACACUCUCGGAUGAGCUUUAUACCAUCAACAAUAUAUGUCUUCAAGCCGCGCGAAGCAAUGCUUGCAUUUUACUCGAGCUGGCCCAAGCAGGGGAACUUGUCAAAUAUGGCUAUUGGGACUCGGCUCACCUCUUCUCAAGCCUCGCAGUUCUCACUAUAGCUCAGUCCAUGCGCAACCACCACCCAAACGCCUUUCGUUGCACCGGAGAGGACAUGUCACGCGACGCGGACACAUACAGCAAAGGACGGGCUGUGCUCGUGCACAUGGCGUACACAGGGAACAUGGCCUCAAAACAGCAUCUGAGCAUGCUUGAAGAGGUGGAACGCCACGGCACCGUACUGUCUGCACUGAAGGCUGGUAAUGAUACGCUGCCGGUGUCGACCUCGCCCGGCGAGGCGACCACCGAAAUGGAGCUGGAUUUCGAGGGCUGGGCAUCACUGAGAAGCAUGUCUAAUCAAACCGCUAGUGGUGUUGAAGUUGACCCAUUCGAUUUCUUAUAA